AGAGGAACAGGGCAAACCUCUGACUUCCGGUGGCGUUUUGAGGCGGUCCUCCUAGCGGCCUGGUAGUGUUUUUGUUGCCUUUUCUUAAUCUACAAUCUCUUCGUUAUUUUUCUUCCUACGACCGAGUUUCGCUUGACCCUGGCGAGGCAGCGGGCGGGUUCUGCUUCUCAGCCAUCCCGGGAGCCACUCGCUAGCCGAGGGCCGGUUCCCGGGAGCCGCGCGCGCACCGCUUUCUCCUCGUCGUCGUCCUCCUGGGUCCAGGCGCGGGGACAGAGAGUCUCCUCCCCGGCUCCUCGGAGCGGCGGCGGCGGUGGUGCCUCCGGACUGCACUUGCGAAGGGAGCUUGGGGAGGAAUAGUACAAAAUGUCAAAAAUUAGAAGGAAGGUCACAGUGGAAAAUACCAAGACCAUAUCUGAUAGCACAUCCCGAAGACCCAGUGUAUUUGAGAGGCUUGGACCCAGCACUGGCAGUACAGCAGAGACACAGUGCCGUAACUGGCUGAAGACUGGCAACUGCCUCUAUGGAAACACAUGUAGAUUCGUACAUGGCCCUUCACCUCGUGGUAAAGGUUAUAGCAGCAAUUAUAGAAGGUCACCAGAAAGACCUACAGGGGAUCUUAGAGAAAGAAUGAAGAACAAGCGCCAAGACGUGGACACUGAGCCCCAGAAACGAAAUACAGAGGAGUCAUCCUCACCUGUUAGGAAAGAAUCUUCAAGAGGGAGACAUAGGGAAAAGGAAGACAUAAAAAUCACUAAGGAGAGAACUCCGGAAAGUGAAGAAGAAAAUGUAGAAUGGGAAACUAAUAGAGAUGAUUCUGACAAUGGAGAUAUUAAUUAUGAUUAUGUUCAUGAAUUGUCAUUGGAAAUGAAGCGUCAGAAGAUACAGAGGGAAUUAAUGAAGCUGGAGCAAGAAAACAUGGAGAAGAGAGAAGAAAUUAUCAUUAAAAAGGAGGUUUCACCAGAAGUGGUUAGAUCAAAAUUGUCCCCAUCACCUUCUCUAAGAAAGUCUAGCAAAUCUCCGAAGCGAAAAUCAAGCCCAAAAUCGUCUUCAGCUAGCAAGAAAGAUAGGAAGACAUCUGCAGUAUCUUCUCCCCUGUUGGACCAGCAGAGAAAUUCAAAAAGCAACCAAAGUAAAAAGAAAGGACCACGUACUCCUAGUCCACCCCCUCCUAUACCAGAAGAUAUUGCUCUGGGGAAAAAAUACAAAGAAAAAUACAAAGUAAAAGACAGGAUAGAAGAAAAAACAAGAGAUGGAAAGGACAGAGGACGAGAUUUUGAAAGACAAAGAGAAAAGAGAGACAAGCCAAGGUCUACUUCCCCAGCAGGACAGCAUCAUUCUCCUAUAUCUUCUAGACAUCACUCAUCUUCCUCACAAUCGGGAUCAUCUAUUCAAAGACAUUCUCCUUCUCCUCGUCGAAAAAGAACUCCUUCACCAUCUUAUCAGCGGACACUAACUCCACCUUUACGACGCUCUGCCUCUCCUUAUCCUUCACAUUCUUUGUCGUCUCCUCAGAGAAAGCAGAGUCCUCCAAGGCAUCGCUCUCCAAUGCGAGAGAAAGGAAGACAUGAUCAUGAACGAACUUCACAGUCUCAUGAUCGACGUCAUGAAAGGAGGGAAGAUACUAGGGGCAAACGAGACAGAGAAAAGGACUCAAGAGAAGAACGAGAGUAUGAACAGGAUCAGAGCUCUUCUAGAGACCACAGAGAUGACAGAGAACCUCGAGAUGGUCGGGAUCGGAGAGAUGCCAGAGAUACUAGGGACCGAAGGGAACUAAGAGACUCCAGAGACAUUCGGGACUCAAGAGAGAUGAGGGAUUAUAGCAGAGAUACCAAAGAGAGCCGUGAUCCCAGAGAUUCUCGGUCCACUCGUGAUGCCCAUGACUACAGGGACCGUGAAGGUCGAGAUACUCAUCGAAAGGAGGAUGCAUAUCCAGAAGAAUCCCGGAGUUAUGGCCGAAACCAUUUGAGAGAAGAAAGUUCUCGUACUGAAAUAAGGAAUGAGUCCAGAAAUGAGUCUCGAAGUGAAAUUAGAAAUGACCGAAUGGGCAGAAGUAGGGGGAGAGUUCCUGAGUUACCUGAAAAGGGAAGUCGAGGCUCAAGAGGUUCUCAAAUUGAUAGUCACAGUAGUAAUAGCAACUAUCAUGACAGCUGGGAAACUCGAAGUAGCUAUCCUGAAAGAGACCGAUAUCCUGAAAGAGACAGCAGAGAUCAAGCAAGGGAUUCUUCCUUUGAGAGAAGACAUGGAGAGCGAGACCGUCGCGACAACAGAGAGAGAGAUCAAAGACCAAGCUCACCAAUUCGACAUCAGGGAAGGAAUGACGAGCUUGAGCGUGAUGAAAGAAGAGAGGAACGAAGAGUAGACAGAGUGGAUGAUAGAAGAGAUGAAAGGGCUAGAGAGAGAGAUCGGGAACGAGAACGAGACAGGGAGCGGGAGAGAGAGAGGGAACGUGAACGGGAUCGGGAAAGAGAAAAAGAGAGAGAACUAGAAAGAGAACGUGCUAGGGAACGGGAGAGAGAAAGAGAAAAAGAGAGAGAUCGUGAAAGGGAUAGAGACCGAGACCACGAUCGAGAGCGGGAAAGAGAGAGGGAGCGAGACAGGGAAAAAGAACGGGAACGAGAAAGAGAAGAAAGAGAGAGGGAAAGAGAGCGAGAACGGGAGAGAGAGCGAGAGCGAGAACGGGAACGAGAAAGAGCGAGAGAAAGGGAUAAAGAACGAGAACGCCAGAGGGAUUGGGAAGACAAAGACAAAGGACGAGAUGACCGCAGAGAAAAGCGAGAAGAGAUCCGAGAAGAUAGGAAUCCAAGAGAUGGACAUGAUGAAAGAAAAUCAAAGAAGCGCUAUAGAAAUGAAGGUAGUCCCAGCCCUAGACAGUCUCCAAAGCGCCGGCGUGAACAUUCUCCGGACAGUGAUGCCUACAACAGUGGAGAUGAUAAAAAUGAAAAACACAGACUCUUGAGCCAAGUUGUGCGACCUCAAGAAUCUCGUUCUCUUAGUCCUUCGCACCUCACAGAAGACAGACAGGGCAGAUGGAAAGAGGAGGACCGUAAACCAGAAAGGAAAGAAAGUUCAAGGCGCUAUGAAGAACAGGAACUCAAGGAGAAAGUUUCUUCUGUAGAUAAACAGAGAGAACAGACAGAAAUCCUGGAAAGCUCAAGAAUGCGUGCACAGGACAUUAUAGGACACCACCAGUCCGAAGAUCGAGAGACAUCUGAUCGAGCUCAUGAUGAAAACAAGAAGAAAGCAAAAAUCCAAAAGAAACCAAUUAAGAAAAAGAAAGAUGAUGAUAUUGGAAUAGAGAGGGGUAACAUAGAGACAACGUCUGAAGAUGGUCAAGUAUUUUCACCAAAAAAAGGACAGAAAAAGAAAAGCAUUGAAAAAAAACGUAAAAAAUCCAAAGGUGAUUCUGAUAUUUCUGAUGAAGAAGUAGCCCAGCAAAGUAAGAAGAAAAGAGGCCCACGGACUCCCCCUAUAACAACUAAAGAGGAAUUGGUUGAAAUGUGCAAUGGUAAGAAUGGUAUUCUAGAGGACACCCAGAAAAAAGAAGAUACAGCAUUCAGUGACUGGUCUGAUGAGGAUGUGCCUGACCGUACAGAGGUGACAGAAGCAGAGCAUAGUGCCACCGCCGCUACUCCUGGUAGUACCCCUUCUCCUCUAUCUUCUCUUCUUCCUCCUCCACCGCCUGUGGCUACUGCCACUGCUACAACUGCGCCUGCAACUCUUGCUUCCACUACAGCUGCUGCCGCCACCUCUUUCAGCACAUCUGCCAUCACCAUUUCCACCUCUGCCGCCCCCACCAGUACCACCAAUAAUACUUUUGCCAAUGAAGACUCACACAGAAAAUGCCACAGAACACGAAUGGAAAAAGUAGAGACACCUCAUGUGACUAUAGAAGAUGCACCACAUCGCAAACCUGUGGAUCAAAAGAGGAGCAGCAGCCUUGGGAGCAAUCGAAGUAACCGUAGUCAUACGUCUGGUCGUCUUCGCUCCCCAUCCAAUGAUUCUGCCCAUCGAAGUGGAGAUGACCAAAGUGGUCGAAAGAGAGUACUGCACAGUGGCUCAAGAGAUAGAGAAAAAACAAAAAGCCUGGAAAUCACAGGAGAGAGAAAAUCUAGGAUUGAUCAGUUAAAGCGUGGAGAACCCAGUCGAAGUACUUCUUCAGAUCGCCAGGAUUCAAGAAGCCAUAGUUCAAGAAGAAGUUCUCCAGAGUCAGAUCGACAGGUCCAUUCAAGAUCUGGGUCAUUUGAUAGCAGAGACAGGCUUCAAGAGCGAGAUCGAUAUGAACACGAUAGAGAGCGCGAGAGAGAGAGGAGAGAUACGAGGCAGAGAGAAUGGGACCGAGAUGCUGAUAAAGAUUGGCCACGCAACAGGGAUCGAGAUAGAUUGCGAGAACGAGAACGAGAGAGAGAAAGAGACAAAAGGAGAGACUUGGAUAGGGAAAGAGAGAGACUAAUUUCUGAUUCUGUUGAAAGGGACAGGGACAGAGACAGAGACAGAACUUUUGAGACUUCUCAAAUAGAGUCUGUGAAACGCUGUGAAGCAAAACUGGAAGGUGAACAUGAAAGGGAUCUAGAAAGCACUUCCCGAGACUCUGUAGCCUUGGAUAAAGAGAGAAUGGAUAAAGAUCUGGGAUCUGUGCAGGGAUUUGAAGAUAUAAAUAAAUCCGAGAGAACUGAGAGUCUGGAAGCAGGAGAUGACGAGUCCAAGUUAGAUGAUACACAUUCAUUAGGCUCUGGUGCUGGAGAAGGAUAUGAGCCAAUCAGUGAUGACGAACUAGAUGAAAUUCUGGCAGGUGAUGCAGAAAAGAGGGAGGACCAACAGGAUGAGGAGAAGAUGCCAGAUCCCUUAGAUGUGAUAGAUGUGGAUUGGUCUGGUCUUAUGCCAAAGCAUCCAAAAGAACCACGAGAGCCUGGGGCUGCACUCUUAAAAUUCACACCUGGAGCUGUUAUGCUAAGAGUUGGGAUUUCUAAAAAGUUGGCAGGUUCUGAACUCUUUGCCAAAGUCAAAGAAACAUGUCAGAGACUUCUAGAAAAACCGAAAGACGCAGACAAUCUCUUUGAACAUGAAUUGGGGGCUCUCAAUAUGGCCGCAUUACUACGAAAAGAAGAAAGAGCAAGUCUUCUUAGUAAUCUUGGGCCAUGUUGUAAGGCGUUAUGCUUCAGACGAGAUUCUGCAAUUCGAAAGCAGCUUGUUAAAAAUGAGAAGGGCACCAUAAAACAAGCUUACACGAAUGCCCCAAUGGUAGACAAUGAAUUACUUCGAUUGAGUCUUCGGUUAUUUAAGCGGAAGACUACUUGCCAUGCCCCAGGACAUGAAAAGACUGAAGAUAAUAAACUUUCACAGUCCAGUAUCCAACAGGAACUGUGCGUGUCUUAGGACCGAAGUUCAGUAUGGUAUUUUUGGUACUGUCUUCCUUCAGCAGUGCAUAUUCUUUUGCAAAGUUCUUUGGUUUGACAAGCAUUAGUGACAAAGGCAGAAAAGAUUUAUCAGCCAUGCUAAAAGAGCAAAGAAUUUUGAUCUUUAGAGACACUCGUUUUGGCUAACUUAAGAUUUUACAUUAAUUUUUACAUAGUCCUUGAUACUCAUCCAAAAUAAUGUGAAAACAUCUAGAUUUAGUAGUUUAUGCUGCGCCUUUUGUUAAAACUGAAGAUUUUGGGAAAUGGUUGUCACUGCUCUUCCAGCCUAUGAAUAUUUUUGUGAAAUGGAACCAUGGAUUUAUGUCUGGAUCAUCCAUACAGAACCAACAGUUGUAUUCAAAAACAAUAUGUUCAUCAAAGUAAUUGCUCACGUUGUGCAGUACUAUGUUGUACAGACCAUGUGAAAGGGAAUACUGGUCUAGCUAACAUGGUAGGUUUGUAGGCGAAUCUCUAGCAGAAGGAAGCCAAAAUAUUUUUUUCCUUUUGAAAGUUUUUUAAAAAUUAUUUCGUGGGUCUUUUUUUUAAUUAAUACAUGUGCAUUGUUACAAUGUAUGUUGGAUGUCAUUUGACUCUAAAUGCUUUUUUUGUUAUCAGAGAUUGUGUACUAUUUUUAUUUUUAAUAAAUGUAACUUCGCUUUCCUUGUUUUAGAUUUACUUUGCUCUUCAUUAAUCUUAUUCCUGAUGUUCUAAAACAUUAGUUAUCAACAUUACAUGUUUCAUGCUUCAGAUAUUUUACUGCUUGUGUCCUUAUUGUUGGAUAGCUUUAAACAGAAUUGAUGUACUGCAAAUGUAGCUUGUUGAUACUUAAGGCAUCUUCUUGGAAUGUGGCUUUUGAAGAAAAAAAUUACUCAAAGCAAACCAAGAGUUAACAAACCUAACAUAACCUGAGGUUUAAUAUUCUACUGUCAUAUUUUUUAGAGCUAUAACUUUUGAUUAUAUUAAACUGCCUCCAGCUGUACUAUGUAAAACAGAUUUACUUUUCAAAAUUACAGUAUACUACCUGCUUUGUUCUGUAUGUAUAGGUUUAACUCAUGAAGUGGACUCUUAGAAGGAUUUGAAAUGGACUCUGGCCACAGAAUUUGUGAGCAGACAGUAGCAGUGAUAAUAAUAAAACAAGGCAAUCAAAAUUUAAUUUUAUCAUGCCCUCUCACAGGUUUUUGUUAUAAUUGUAAGCCUAUAUUACUUGUGUUAGUAGUUUUGUCUCUAUAGGUAACAUAAUGACGGUGGUGCAAAGUUUCUGUUCAAGAAACAUAUGUUGUAAAGUUAAUUUAUACAAGAUAGCCGCCAAAGGAAAUGGUCUUACUCGCAAAUGACUUUGAAAGCAUGUAUAAUUGCACACAGAGCAGGAGAAAACUUUAAUCAGAAUUUCCUUGUGUCCUUUUCCUUUACUAAGUGUUUUGAAUUUUAAAAAAAAGUAUGACCUCAGAGAAUGAAUACUAUUUAGGAAGCCACUUCCUGAUUUUAGUGGAUAGUACUGUUCUCUGUAGCACAAAGAUUUAAAGUCCUAGAAUUUCUAAUCCUAGUUCUCAGAAUUGUAGAAUAUGACAAAAAUAAUGGUUUCCCCAUUUGUCCACUGACUUCAGGGAUAUUUCACAAGUUAUUUAUUUAUAGAAUGAAAACUAUGUAGUUAAAUCUGUCAUUCAGUUAAACAUGUUGUCUUUCAGUUUGAAAUCUUUUUGUUAUAUUGCAAAAGAAAAUUUAGAACUAUUCCUUUGUUCAUUCAGUCACAGCAUUCAGAGCUUUAUGUUUCCAGUGGAAAUGUACUGUUCAGUCUCAUUUUCUUUUAAUUCAGCCAUUCUCAGUAUUAGUAACAUAUAUCUAUAAAAUUUUUAUAAAGCAAAAUUUUUAAUUGAAUUUCUCAUAAAAGUUCUUGGACCAUAAUUAAAGUCUCAGUUAAACUAGUAUUCCCGAAAAACAAUCUCCCAGUCUAUAAAUUGUUUGCUAGUACAGUUAAAAGGUCAUCUAUCUCAUAACUGAUGACUCAAGUCUGUCCAGUUGCCAUAAUUGCACAAUUGGAUUCCAGCUGCUGGUAAUAAGGAAUUGUCUAGAUAGAUAAAGGGCAAGAGUAUGUCUGCAAUCCAAAAUAAAUGAGAGUUAACACAUAAUUAGCUGUUUGAUUUUUUUGGCAGCUAUCCUCACGAUUUAGUAAAGGGUCUACUAACAAUACCCAACUUUAUUUAACAAAGUUUUGUAAGCAUACCUAAGUAGUAACUUGAUAUGCUGAAAAAUCUGACCUGUCACUUCACUUCACUCUGACCAGUAAUUGCAGAUUGUCUUCACCAUCCUAACCCAUGACUACAUUAGGAGUUUACGACUUACUAACUUGAAAAUCUGUGACAUUGGUAGAGUACCCCACUUUACUCCUCACUGUCCAAUUGUGUAAAGAUUAAGAUACAUACUUUGUUGAUGAUGCUUUUACACCUCAACUUGCUGUUUUAAAAGGUUAUAUGAACCCCUCCCACUUUUAAGGAUAUUCCCUUUUACUGAUUUUCCUAGCUAAAAUUAUAUAGCCAUCUUUCUAAAUAUUGUAUUUAAAUCUGAUCUAGGACUUGCCUUAUUUUAUCAUUUUUCUUUAAUAAUCUCCAAUAAACUUUGUUUAUU